ACCAACCCGGAAGCUACCGCUGCAGAGCUCUCCUCUGCAGCUCACAGCUGCCUUGCUAACCAAGCUGCCUCCUAAGCGAUAACUUCCCCUUUUCAAACAGAUACACUUCGCUUCCCUCACGAGAGCAAGGUUGAACUGGAUGGAUAAAUCAUCCUUCUCCUUUGUUGCAUAUUUGAAGCCAGCCCAGGAUCCCCAGCCAGCCCCAGGUGUUAGGGCAGCAGUCUAGGUUGCCCUGUGCUGGAUCCGUCCCCGCUAUAUCUUCACAUACAGCAUAGUGACUACUCAGAUAUAAAUCCCAAUCCCUGGCAAAGAAUACUUUGAAAGUUUUGUAUUAAAACAUCAAAAGUUGCAAAAUUUAUGAAUGUGAAUAUACAACAUUAGAGCAGCAGAAAACGCCCUGUCUAUUCUUGAAAGGGGAAGUUAAAAGACUAGAGCAGAAGUUGGCAGGCAAGAACAGCUGUGCAUACAAUUGUGGCUGUGAAGCUGCUUCACAGACUGUGAAGCAUCAUCUUUACUGCCCCUUUUGGGAUUUGAAAAGGAUAUUCCUGACUGGUUGGGAGUCCACUGCAGCAGCAGUAUUGGUUGCGUUUGUAGGUUUGCUGGCAUGGGUAAUCUCAUUGAGGUGCUAACAAAGGACAUAAACCACAAUGCAGCACAUUUUUUCUUGGACGUUGAAAAUGCACAGCCUACAGAAGCAGAACAAGAAGUUUAUAAACAGGUGGAUGUUGUUCUAAAAGAUGCAGAAGGAAUCCUGGAUGAUCUGCAGGCGUAUAGAGGAGCAGGACAUGAAAUUCGUGAGGCAAUACAGCAUCCGAAUGAUGACAAAUUACAAGAAAAGGCGUGGAGUGCAGUGAUACCACUAGUAGGAAAACUAAAGAAAUUCUAUGAAUUCUCCCAGAGAUUAGAUGACAAAUCCUGCUAUACAGAAUGACUUUAGUUACUACAGAAGAACUCUGAGCCGGAUGAGGAUCAACAAUGUUUCGGCAGAGGGAGAAAAUGAAGUAAACAAUGAAUUGGCUAACAGAAUGUCCUUGUUCUAUGCUGAAGCUACCCCGAUGUUGAAAACUCUAAGUGAUGCCACAACAAGAUUUGUGUCAGAAAAUAAGAAUUUACCAAUAGAAAAUACCACAGACUGCUUAAGUACGAUGGCCAGUGUGUGCAAAGUUAUGUUGGAAACACCGAUGAAAGGCUGCAUCAAAGUUUUAAAAGACCAACCUCCUAACAGUGUAGAAGGCCUUCUGAAUGCACUCAGGUAUACAACCAAGCAUUUAAAUGAUGAGACUACCUCCAAACAGAUUAAGUCUAUGCUGCAAUAAUCAAACCUCAAAUUUAGCACCUGCUGCAGACAUAUGGACAGUAUUCUUUAAUGACUGAGAUGCACAAAUUUUUAAAGAUUGCAACAGCUUUUCCCCUUUUUUAACCGGGUUAUUUGCUCUGAAAUAAGCUCAGUCUUCAUUUCUGUGCCAAACAUUCAAAGGAAUUACACAGACUGUGGAAAAGCAUUUUAUUUUUCAGAGUGGCCAUAGAAAGCAGUGACAGCUAAGUUUGCAUUGCAUCAGGAUCACACCUUUAUUGGAGAAAAAUGGAAACUUGAACUAAAAAAUUAUAUUUCUGGAGACUACUAUUUAAUAUUGCUUCUUCUGCAUGUCAAAAAUUGCAUACUUCUGGUAUGUAAAAGAAACUAAAAGUUUUGUUUUCUAUUACCGCAUUAUGUGCAACUGUUAGAAAAUAAUGAGAAAACGGGAUGUUUAAAUUAACUGUUGUAAAAAACAAAAGGUACACAGCACAAUGAACUUUUUUGAAUUAAUUUAGGAGACAACUGUUUUGUCAAUGUUUUUUUAAGUUUGCAUUUUGACUCAGUUUUGUAUGAGUCUGUUUGUAGGUUUAACAUUCAUUUAAUAUCUAACAUUAAACUGUGAUGUGUGUAACAGAAUCUUGCGUAUGCAUGUAUGUGCAAAAUGGAUGGCUGUCGGACAAAAUAAAAAUCUGCUUUUGUUUUCUAAA